AUGUUAAUCCUCUUGAUUAGUUUUCUAUGCCAUGUAUUUCUCAAUCAUGCAACUAUACUUCAUUGUGACUUUGAAACAGAUUGUGUUGAUUUUACUUUUGAUUCCAACUGGGGUUUAACAGAUGGUGAUCAUUCUCAAGGUAUCGAUCAUGAUCAUACGUUAAAUACAGGUGCUGGUCAUUAUCGUUACUACAAUCCGCAAUUUAGUCCACAAACUCUGUGGACAGAAAUACAAACAACUAAUCCUUUACCAUUGUCAAUUGAUCGUGUCCUAUGUUUUUAUGUGUGGUACUAUACAUCUCGUGCUAACUUUCCAUUCAACGUUCAAGUUGGACAAGGUGAUGAUGGACAACUAGCACGUGUAUUUUUUUCUACUGCAGAACGAAAUGCAUCAACUAAUGAUUGGACACUAAUCAAUAUCACAUUACCAACUGAAGAAUUAAAAAUAUUUAUUCGAUUGAAUGUUUCAACUCAACCUUUAACAUUCGAUGAUUUUUCAGUCGAUUAUUGUGAUGGACCACGUCCAAUACCUCCGAAAGUUUUAUAUUCUUGUGAUUUUGAAUCAUCAUGUACGAAUGAUUUUAUUUCCUUACCUCAAUAUGUAUAUCAAUGGUCAAUUCUCAAUGCCAGUGAUGCUGUGAAAAUAGACAAAGUAGCACCAAGUGUUGAUUUUACCUUUGGAAAUGCAUCAGGUCAUUAUGCAUUAUUAUCUAAUGCUACAAGAGGUCUUGGUUAUCUACAUGCACAAAGAGAAAUUCAAAUAACAUCAAACGAAUCCUAUUGCUUGAAUUUUCGAUAUUACGGUACCCAAGGACCGAAUAAGCAUCAAGCGUAUUUAUCAAUCUAUUCAUGGACGUCUAACGAAUCGAAAAUAAUCCAAAAGUUAUGGCCAACAGGAGAUCUUCAUCGAUACCAGACUUGGGGUGUUAUCAAUCUACCAAUUGGUAAUUAUUCACUUCUAUUUCGUGUGUUUAAUGGAGAUUUUUAUUCAAGCACAUUUGCUAUCGAUAAUAUUGCUAUCGUCUCAUGUGUCUAUCCUCCUUCUCAAUCUAGUCCAUCUCUUCUCUCUUUCUCAUGCAAUUUUGAUCAUUCAAGUAUGUGUGGUAUGAUGAACGGUGCAAAAUCGUCUAAGACCGUUUUUAAUUUUACUCUAUCGACCGGUGAUACAAUACCUGAUAAAAACCUUGGCCCAACGCAUGAUCAUACAACUAAUUCAACAUCCGGUGGUUUUCUCUAUUGGGAUCGACACCUGCCACUUACUUCAACAGAUUAUGGAAUAAUAUAUACAUCAACAGCCAUUGUUGAAAAUUUUAAUCUGUGUGUUAAAUUUUCUUAUUACGUAAAAUCAACGGCUAUUAACAAGAAUGGAACAACGAUCGUUCUCCUUUCUUCUGACUCCUUUCCACAAAUCAUAUGGUUUCGAUCAUUAGAUGAUAGUCAAGGAUGGCAGACUGCUAUUGCUCCUGUCUAUGACUAUCUUUAUGACAAAACAUUUUCAUUUUAUGUCAAUCAAACACAAUCAGUACCAGUAUCAGUCGCUUUUGAUGAUAUUGAAAUUGAUCAAUGUACCACUUUAACACCAACAACGACCACAACAACAACUAUGACCACGACAACGACUACAACCACAAAAACAAGUACUAGUUCAACAACACUUACGACAAUAAUAAGUAGUAGUUCAACAAUAACUAGGAAAACAUCGACUCCUGUUCAAACCACUCCAAUCAAAUGUGGAACAAAAUUAAAUUAUAUCGUGAAUGCAAGAAGUGGAAGUCAUAGUUAUGAAGGCUAUGGUUUAGGUUCAAUAUACAACAAUAUUCUUAUUAAUAUGGAAGCAAUUAAUUACAUUGAUAUUAAUGAAUAUGAUGGAAUUAGUACAUUUGGAGCUGGUGCAAAAAAUUGA